AUGAAAUAUUUAGAUUCAAUCAAUUUAAUAGCAUUGAAUACAAUGUUGAACAAGGUGGAUUGUGGAGACAGUAUAUUAUCGGGUACACUAGAAUCAUACUCUUGCAAGGUGGCAGGAUCAGACAAGAAAUUGUAUAAAUCGUUGGACAAGGAAUUGGAGAUGCAGUAUAGUAGUAGUUUGGAUCAUCAUCAACAUGGUAGUAGUAGUCAUUUACAUCCUAAAAACAGCAGUAGUAAUAAUUCAAUGUCACCUCAUUCAUAUGAUAGUCAUGGUGGUCAUUCUAGCAGUCAUAGUCACGGUCAAAUGUCACAAUCUCCAUUUGGACCUCUCACCAACUCUACUAGUCGAAAAACAAUGAUUCAUCUGAUCAGUACUCUUAAUGCUUGUUUUAUAGAUUAUGAUUUCAGCAAUUCAAAACCAGAACAAUUUAGAAAAGAACCUAAUCUAUCGAUGGUAAUGAAUUCAAUCAAUACUAUAUUAGGUAAUAUCAUGCCAAACUAUCAAACAGAGGUACAAGAAAAGUUAUGGAUAGCGAUCGAUUCUGAAAUAGAGUUGCAAAAAUCAGAUGUCUAUUCAUUCAUACCUGAAUCAGGUGAUCCUUUUACUGAAGAUGGUGUUAUAUGGAGUUUUAAUUAUUUCUUUUAUAACAAAGUAUUGAAAAGAAUAACAUUUUUCAGUUGUAGAUUAUUAAACAAAGCAUUACAAAUUUCAAAAGAUAAUAACUUGGAUAUGGAUGAUGAUGAUGAAGAUUUAUUUGAAUAUGAUGAAUACCAAUCAGAGGCAACUACAAGUAUGGAAUUUUAA